AUGGCGGGCGCAGCGGCGGGUCGGGGCGACUGGGAGGACCUGGUGCGCCGGAUGUUCCCGCCGGGGACCACCAUCCCGGAGGCGCCGCCGAACCUCGACUACUCCAUCGCGCUGGAGUACGACGGGCCGGACGUCUCGUACGAGCUCCCGCGGAUCGACCCCGUCUGUCUCCCCGCCAUACCCACCGCCGAGCCGGUCUCGGGGCCGCUGGGGCUCGGCCUCGGCGGCAGCGGCGUCGUGCUCGUCGCGCCCGUCAUCGGCCCCGCUGCGGCCCGUGCCCGUGCCCAUGCCAACCCGCCGGCGCCGGGGGCGUCACGGCCUGGUGGUGCUGCUGCUCACCGUGCCGCGGCGCCGCCUGCGCGGGCGAGGAGGGGAAGCUCGCCGUCUGCCGGCCUGCUGCGCCCGGAGGGAAGGCGGCCUCAGGUGGUCACCUUUGGGGAGCCGGAGGAUAGCAGGUACGAGAGCCAGGACUUCGACGCGGCGUCCGCCGAACAACAGUACGUCGCGGUGACGAGGCCCGCGGUCGAGAGGAAGGGGAGGAGGACCUGCUGCCACCGGUGCGGGAAGAGCAAGUGGGAGAGCAAGGAGUCGUGCAUCGUCUGCGACGCGCGCUACUGCGGCCACUGCCUGCUCCGCGCCAUGGGGUCCAUGCCCGAGGGCCGCAAGUGCGUCACCUGCAUUGGCCGGCCCAUCGACGAAGCCAAGCGCCCAAGCUCGGCAAGGGCUCCAGGGUACUGGCGCCGCUUGCUCAGCCCCCUGGAGGUCAGGCAGAUCCUCAAGGUCGAGAAGGAGUGCCAGGCGAACCAGCUCCGGCCUGAGCAGCUCGUGGUCAAUGGUUUCCCUCUUCAUGAUGAGGAGAUGGCGGAUUUGCUUAGCUGCCAACGGCCUCCUGGGAAUCUCAAGCCUGGAAGAUACUGGUAUGAUAAGGAGUCAGGAUUGUGGGGAAAGGAAGGUGAAAAGCCAGACAGGAUUAUUAGCACUAACCUCAACUUUAACGGAAAGCUUCAGCCUGAUGCUAGUAACGGCACCGCCAGGUUUUCAUUAACGGACGGAAAUUACAAAGAUUGA